CCGAUUCCUUAUAUAAUAAUCAUGAAAAAGGGUUAGAAUCCAAUAUCUCCCAAAAAAAAUUAAUAGAAUUCAAAACUAUCCUUGAAAGAAUAAAAAUUGUAUGAAAAGUUUACGAACAAUCAAGCAUAACUUUCUAAAAUACCCAAUUCAUGCAUUCCCUAUUAGAGUUCCUUUAAAACUAAGAAGAAAAUCGUAACAAAUAAUUCGUAUGUAACUGAAUCUCAGAAACGCAGAAUAAAAUCUGAGCAGUUUUCAAUUCUAAAAACAAUACAAGAAACUCUAAAUGGAGGCACUAAAUCAUUUCAUAGAGUAAUAACUUAUGAAGAUGGGUAUUCUUAUCAAGGAGAAUACGUGGAAUCUAAAGACGACGUUAUUCUCUAAGGAUAUGGAGUACUCAAAUAUGAGGACGACAUAAUUUAUUAAGGGUAAUUCCGAAAUAAUAAAUUCCAUGGAGAUGGCAUCUGUAAACAGGAUAAUAGGUUAUAUAAUCUCGUGGAUUGGAGGAGAAAAGAUCAAAAAGAGAUUAGGGGAAUAUUUGAAAAUGGCAUUUUAAUCGGGGAAUAGCCUGUGUUUAAUUGA